GCGGACAAACUGAAUAGUGUGUCUUACUUUUCGUUUGUUAUGUAGAAUCUCUGAACGUGGUGCCUUAUUUCUAAAAUGGUGAAACAACGUGCACUAUCUGCGUGUUUGCUUUAUUGUUUGCUCAACUAAAGGCAGGUGUACUAAUUUCUUAGUGCCAUGCUUACAACGGCAGAUGCUUAAAACACUGGCGAAUACUUAUGACCUGCAGCGCAGCGGCCGGUCAUCAGCAGUCACAAGAUGGUUCACAAGCCCCUCCGGUCGUAAGCAGUCACAAGUGUGUCAACUGCCAAACUUCGUUCCUUUAUGACAGCACUCUCAUAUUGGGUCUUAAGAAAACUAUCUGCAGACCUGUUAAAAGCACACAUAUGUGUGCUUUGAACACGUGAACACGUGAAUAUUGGGUCGAACACACGAACACGUGAAUAUUGGGUCUUAAGAAAACUAUCUGCAGACCUGUUCAAAGCACACACGUGUUCAAAGCACACAUAUGUGUGCUUUGAACACGUCCGCAGUCAGUUUUGGUAGGCCCAUUAUGAGAUGACACAAGAAAGAAACGCGCCUCAGAUGGUAUUUGCACACUGCUUUUUGCUUGGAUUACGAGCAGUGUUACCGGUACUUUACGAAGCGAGUCAAGAGAACGUCUGCAGAUGACUAGUCUGCUAACGUAUGUGAACAACACAAUUCGCCUGCUACGAAGCGUCAUUCGCAGACAAAGAGAAAACAAGAAAAUCUUUUACGUCUUCCGUAAAUGGACCGGAAUAAAGGCUAGCCUUCUGCUAAGAGCCGAGUGCCACGAGGAAGUGAUACGGGACGCAAGCUGAAACUAAAAUGUUCUGCUAUACUUCCAGUUCGAUGGGACCGACAACAAACGCUCCCUCUGCAAAUUUUCAGCUCUGCUUCCCUACAUAGCUCAAAUUCUUCUAUGUAACUAGUACUCGGGACAAAUACUUUAAAUACCUCGAGAACCCUGUCACCAUCCCUGUGUUGGUGAGUAGCUCCCACCAGAAGGACUCGCGAACAGAGUAGAGAUUAUCUAGUGACAACUAGUGUUGAAUGGUGAUCAAUUUAUACUAUAGAUCCCUUAACCAAAUUAUAACGUUUUAUGAUCAACUUCUGGAUGAUCUAAAAUGCUUUUUACCAAUGCGGUUUUUUGGGGAACUCGAGAACGUGAACCAAGUAUCUCAGCUAAAACUCGUUCUUCCUAAGUGGGCCCCGUUUAUGUUAGUUUUUGGCAAAAUGCGAGCCUGAAUGAUUGAUCUGCACUGCAUAUCAUUUUAUAAAUGGUGGCAUUAGUCGCGUGGAUGCGGCACAGAUGGAAUCGGCAUUCAUUUUCCUCCUCGCUAGCGGUUUGACGCUCCAUAUAUAAUGAAACAUCUCUCGUGGAAAUCGAAAUGGUCAGUGUUAUUUAGCCCAAACAUUCACACUUGGAAAUGGUGUAGUCCCAUAGGACUUAUUUUUUUCGGGUACUUCAGAUUGAAAUGUCUCGCAGGUACCCUCCUACUGAUAAAUGGUGUUGUCAUCCAUGCCCUGUUUCAUCUCGAAAGUGGCCUUUAGUUUUUUACUUGAUUAAACUGAACUGCAAAUGCACGUUUUCCCAUUUGUUGCCUUCUUUUUUUCUCGUUUCUGCGUCGUAAUUCGUGAUCAUUUACUGCGCAGUUUAAUCGAGUAAUGAAUAGCCAACUGGACCAAUUCCAGGCACUGGUAAUCUUCAGUUUUAGUUUCACUCAUCCAAUGUGAUGAUAUUUGAGGGCAGGUAAAGUAACUUUGUGUUGGCGACUGUUUAUUAAUACUCAUUCUUCUAAACUUUGCAGACCGAGGCCAGCCACCAGCCCAGCUCAACUUUGGCAGUGCCAGACCUUUGGGCUUAGACUUCCCCAGAUUAAUGGGACCAACUAGUCGGAUCCAAUAAGGAAUGGCCACAGCUCAGCCAACUACUUGCGACAUUUCUCUUUCCUUCCAUAACUUUGUUCGCCGACACACUGUAUCCGUUUUGUUGACGUGUAAUUCCCAAAACCUAUGGCGGUGAUAUACCGUACAGUUGGUUUUGUGUCAUUCCUGCCUUUUUUCAGCACUACAGAGCAGGAGCGACGUAACUAAACAAUGCUCCUUGAUGAUAUCCAGUUGAGUCUUGCUCGAUUUGUGUGAGACUGUUUCGACGUAAUCCUUUAGCGAGUGUUUAAAGGUGAAGUGAAACCUUUGAAGUGCGUGAUUUAUAGAGAAGUAUUGCUUUUAAGUUUUGUUCACGUGCUUUCUUUACAAUCGACUUUUUCGGGAUGUUCAAUAUCCAGUUAUGAUGCGCGUGUUUGUUCGUGCUUUGAUUAUUUUACCUUUUGAAUUACACCCCAAUACGAAUGUAAACCCCUGAAUUUCUCUACUUUAUCUGCACGUUGUGUCCCUGUUUGCUUGUUCUUGGAGUUUGUUCUGCUUGGGCUUCUCUGUUGGUGUAGUCUAAAUAAAAAGAAAGCAACUAAAUAAAAUUUUGCCUUCACUCCUAACAGAAAUUGCCCACACAGCAUUCGACAACGAAUGGCAGAGAACGGACUGCGAGGACAGGAGCGCGGAGCUCUCUUUCCAAGAGGCCGAAAUCCAGCGGCAACCAUGCAAGAUGGACCCGCAGGGUUGGACGGACGGCGGUGCGACUUCUGCCCCCAAUCUUAUGGUGCCCAGAGAACUAACACCAGACUGGAACGGAGCAGGCUACGGCGACAAGGUGGAUACUUUUGACCGUGACAGCUGCAGGGGUGACACCUCUCCCCCCACCAACUGGUCGGGCCCACAGAAGCCGCAAACGCACCGACAACCGGACAAGCACCCGUGCCGCUUCUGUCCUCACUCAAGCUCUUCCGCAACAAAUGUCGCCAUCCACGAGAGGACUCACACUGGCAAGAGGCCAUUCAGUUGCGGUGUUUGCGAGAAAACGUUUGCGCGUACGGAUUGCUUGACAGCUCAUGUUAGAAUUCACACCGGAGAGAAGCCGUUCAAGUGCAACACGUGCAGCAGGGCGUUUAGUCACAGAUGGAGCUUGGCGAAUCACGAAAAAAUUCAUACAGGAGAGAAGCCGUUCAAGUGCAACACGUGCAGCAGGGCGUUUAUUCAGAAAUGCAUCUUAACUAAUCAUGAGAGGACCCACACCGGAAAGAAGCCGUUCAAGUGCGAGACCUGCGGUAGAUCGUUUGCGGCUAAUAGCGGUUUACACAUUCAUCGGAAGAUACAUCGCAAGUGAUCGAAACAGUAACGUGCAUCAUAGUUGUGGACGGGAUUUAAACGAAAUGCUCGAGAACCGACGUGUGUUCAUUUCGUUUGGCGAUAGACCUGCAGGGGUUCUACUUGCGAGCAGUGCAGAUUUCGAAUGGUUCAAAAUCUUUAGGCUCUUACUCAUCGCGUAAACACAGCUAAAAAUGUGAAUUUACCUUAGAGUAAGCGACCAGAGUUCUUUUUUGUACACGAAAAAAAGAAAAUACUUGAAGCCUUAUCUUUUUUUAUUCAUUUAGAGUCAUUAAUCACGUGAUGCACCUGGAGUCUCUGGGUUGUAUGUAGGGUCACUUACUUUCCUUACAAGUCGGCCUACUCAUGACCAUAAAUAUAGGAACUCAUAAAAUAACUAAAGUCUUUCAAUAGCAGCAAUCUUGAAUAUUGCUAAUGUUAAGAAAGUAUAAGAGCAACCGAGUAAAGUAGGGUCAACAUAAUUUUUAGAUGAGAAAUAAAGCUAUAUACGAAACUAUUUAAGACACCAAGCUGGAAACUAAUGCUUUGCUCAUAGGACUGCAACAGAAUAUGCAUGACUCGAAGAUUUAGAAAUGCGGUUUAAUUUCCUAUCUCAUUUCGUAAUAUUCUUUGUCCUUUUCUUUUUGACCAGUUUUUGUAUCUGA